GUUGUAACAACCCAUCUCUUGAGCAGCUUCACCAGACCUCGACCGACUCGACAAGCGCAAGCGUGCGCGGUAAGCCGUGUUUUCAUUCGACUCUCGGUGGGAAAACGUUGGUGUUGGUGUCUUCUCUCCGGUGGCGAUGCUGUCGAUUGUACAGAGAAUGUCAUCUUGUCGUCUGGAAUCGCAAGCGUCUAAAUUCGACGACUCGUACGAGGUCACGGAACAAAUCGGCAGUGGCGGUUUCGGGAAGGUAUUCGAAGCGACGCGUCGGUUUGACAGCAAAAAGGUGGCUGUCAAGGCUAUUCCAAAAAAGCGGGUGCUCCACUGGUGCAAGGUGGGCGGCGAGUUAAUUCCGCGUGAGGUGGCUCUUAUGCGCAAGGUCGAACACGUGAACAUCAUCCGACUUGUGGACUACUAUGAGAAAGUCGAUUGUGUGUACAUUGUGAUGGAGAGACCGGAACCGAUGAUGGACCUUUUCGACUUCAUCACCGCAGCUUGUCCUCUGUGCGAGCGCACGGCUAAGUUUCUCUUCCGUCAGGUCGUCGACGCGAUUGCAUUUUGUCACAGGAAGGGAGUGGUGCAUAGAGACAUCAAGGACGAGAACGUGCUGCUGGAGUUGAGGACAGGGAGAGCAAAGCUGAUCGAUUUCGGUUCCGGCGCUUUUCUCAAAGAUAGUGCAUACACGGAAUAUGAAGGAACCCGCGUGUAUAGUCCGCCCGAGUGGAUCAAGUACCAUCGGUAUUAUGCACAGCCUGCUGCUAUGUGGUCAUUGGGUAUCUUGCUGUAUGACAUGGUGAUGGGAGAUGUGCCGUUCGAGAAGGAUCAGGACAUACUGUAUGGCGAACUCAAGUUUAGCAAGAGUUGCACGCGAGCCGUGAUUCAUCUAACGAGAUGUAUGCUAGCCAGGAAUCCAUCUGAGCGGCCGUCCUUUGAGCAAGUCCUCGAUCACGUGUGGGUAAUAACAGCUGUAAAGAGUAUGGAUCUUGUAGAGCCUAAGACCCACAAGGCAGUAGGAAGCACCAGAACGACGUCGUUAACAAAACAGGGUAUACCGAGGCCGUCCAGCGACGGACACCGAAGAGUAUCAGAGUUGCCACCCAUACACUCGCCGACUUCGACACGAAGUGCAACUCUGCCUCGAAAUCCAGCUAAGAAAUUUAGCAGCAAUAGCAGUUGCACAAGCAGCAGCACACACGGUAGACUGUCACCGACAAAGUUGCCCUCAAAGGCUCUAGGACUCCCUCGUCCGUCUUCGAUGCAGUCGAAUGGGUCACUACAAUUCAAGUCGUCGGGUGUAAAGUUCGAUCUUAGACAUCAACAGCCCGAGAUGGUCAUUUAGAUGAUCGUGUGUGGGUUAAGUAGAGAUAGUUAUUUUCACUUUGGUGGUGGUGUUUAUUUUGUAUGGGUCUCUAUUUUUGGUUAUUAUAAAUAUGAGGAAAGUUGAGUGUUGUACACUGUAAAAAUGACUGAAAUAUAGGCUCGGCUUUUCCAUAGGAAACAAUGUGUAGAAUGUACAUAAUAUAAGGUAAUCCAGUAAUUCAUUGUGUUAGUGGUGUUGCAUAGUGACAUUUAGUUAAUUUAUUAAUUAAACCAGCGAACUCUGGAAGUCA